AUGAACAACAAUAGUCAUACAAAAUUUGAUAUUCUUCCUAAACUUAUGACAACUUAACACAAAUUGCUUGAACCAGCCUAUCUCAGGAAUACUCAAAGCAAAUUUGUUCAUAAUGAAAGCAAGAUGUUACCUCUUUUAUAAAGAAGUUCCAUCAUAUAAUAGAGUCCAAAUUCAAAAUAAUUAGUAGUUUAAAGUAAUACAAAAAUAUAUAAAAGGACUUGUCAAUAGUCUAGAUUUUAGUUCAAGACACUUUGGAGCUGCUUGUGAUAGAGGAUUUCAAGGUUUAUCUAAAUUUCAUUAUUCUCAAAAAUUUGGUCAUUCUACUACAAGAUUAGAACCUUUAAAUAGAAAUCUAAUUGCAGAAUUAACUGAUGCAGAAGAUACAGAAUCAAUCCCAAAAGAAUAAAGAACAUAUUAUAAGAAAAUCUACAAAUAUCAAAAGAUGCCUAUACUUGCAUUAAUAAAAUCUUUUGAAAUAGAAUGGAUUAGAGAAUUUGAAGAUGAAGUAAAUAAAAAAUCAACUAAACCCCUUCAAUUAACAUUUUAAAUGGCUUUGGCUAUAUUUAAUACUCAUUCUGAUCCAAUAGAUUUCUUAUAAAAAAACCUAUAAUUACUAGAAAGAAAUACAGUUGCUUUAAAAUAAAAAGGUUUGAAUCGAUUGAAAUAUAAAAUUAAAUAAUUUGAUACAGAAGAAUUUUAAAGUGUUGUUGUUAUUAAAAAUCAAUCAGGAUAAGGAUUCUUUAGAAUUUAUUUUCCCAUAAUUCAAUUAUAUUAAUAAGAAUACUAACAUAUUUAAACUAUUGAACUGUCUCCACAAAAACUUUACGAUAUUGUUAAGAAUAACUUUUUUGAAAUGUAAUCCUUUGUAGAAUAAUUUAAUCUUGAAAAAGUUUAAUAAUAGAUUUAAAAAUCAGAAGAUAAUUUUAUACUUAAUGAUUUAAAUGAAACACCGCUUCUUUAAUAAACUAGAUUAACAGAUAUAAAAUAAGAUUAAAUACCUAUUUCAGAAGAUAAUAAUUUAUAAAUCAAAGUAUAAACCGGAUUACCAAUAAAUAAAGAAAUAGGAAUUCUUAUUAUAAAUGGUAUAUCAUAAUCACUCAUUUCUUAGAAAAACAUGAAUUUCCAGAAAAACUUUUAUUAAAGAGAUCCAUUAGGAAAGUUGUGAGUUUUGAUAAUAUUUACUAUACAACUGAUUUUUUGCCUUCUUAAAUUUUAAUCAGAGAAAAAAAAUCAUAAAAAAUUAUUAAAAUGUAUUCUCCCACUUUUAAAGAAUUGGAUUCCAUUUUUGUUUUACUCAAUAAAAUUAGUAUGCAAUAGAUUUUAGAUCAAAAUAUUAUUCCAAUUUUUGACAUGCUUCCUGAAUCUUUUGAUUAUAAAGAUUUUAAAAAAGGAACUAAAAUUCAAUUAAAUAUACCAGAAAUUACUGAAAAACCUCUUGAAAUUACAGAAGAAUAAAUUAAUAAUGGUUUAUUGAAUUCAUGGACUAAAGAAAUUUAAGUCAAUAACAAAAAUCUAUAAAUCAUUAUAGAGUAUUUAUUAUUCUAUAAAUUAGACCAUGCAUGUUGGAAAUUUACAAUUAAUUGAAUUGUAGUACAAUUAAAAAAAUAUGCACUUCAAAAGAACUUACUUAAGUUCUAUCCAAUAGAUAUUUCAUUGGAUUUAGAUUAAUAUGA